AUGGCGACUCCUCGCUCCCCAUUCCUCCUCCUCCUCGGCCUCGCGCUGGUGGCGCUGACGGCGCCGGCGCUACUGCGAGCAGAUGGCGGCGGCGAGGAGGCGCGGAAGACGUACAUCUUCCGCGUGGACCACGGCGCCAAGCCGUCCGUGUUCCCCACCCACGCGCACUGGUACGCCUCCGCCGCCUUCGCCUCAGCGGCGCCCGGGGCCGCCCCGCUGCAGCCGCUCCACGUCUACGGCACCGUCUUCCACGGCUUCUCUGCGUCCAUGCCGGCGUCCCGCGCCGAGGAGCUGCGGCGCCACCCGGCCGUGCUCGCCGCGUUCGAGGACCGGGUACGCCCGCUGCACACCACCCGGUCGCCGCAGUUCAUGGGCCUCCGCGCGCGCCUCGGCCUCUGGUCCCUCGCCGACUACGGCUCCGACGUCAUCGUCGGGGUACUCGACACCGGCGUCUGGCCCGAGCGGCGCAGCCUGUCGGACAGGAACCUGCCGCCCGUCCCCGCGCGCUGGCGCGGCGGCUGCGACGCCGGGCCGGGGUUCCCGGCCUCGUCCUGCAACAGGAAGCUGGUCGGUGCGCGGUUCUUCUCGCAGGGCCACGGCGCGCACUUCGGCGCCGCGGCCGUCGCGUCCAACGGCUCCGUCGAGUUCAUGUCGCCCCGUGACGCGGACGGCCACGGCUCGCACACCGCCACGACCGCCGCAGGCAGCGUCGCGUACGACGCCAGCAUGGAGGGCUACGCGUCCGGGGUCGCCAAGGGCGUCGCGCCAAAGGCCAGGGUGGCCGCCUACAAGGUCUGCUGGAAGGGCGCCGGCUGCAUGGACUCCGACAUCCUCGCGGGCUUCGACCGCGCCGUCGCCGAUGGCGUCGACGUCAUCUCCGUUUCAAUCGGCGGCGGCAGCGGUGUCACGGCUCCGUUCUACCUCGACCCGAUCGCGAUCGGCGCGUACGGUGCAGUCUCCCGGGGAGUGUUCGUGGCCACCUCUGCCGGAAACGAAGGGCCGACCUCCAUGUCAGUGACCAACCUCGCCCCGUGGCUAGCCACCGUUGGCGCCGGCACCAUCGACCGUAAUUUCCCCGCUGAAAUCGUGCUGGGCGACGGCAGACGCUUGUCAGGUGUGUCCCUGUACUCCGGGAAGCCUCUGGCCAAUUCAUCUCUGCCUCUGUACUACCCCGGGAGGACUGGCGGGCUCUCCGCUUCGCUGUGCAUGGAGAACUCCAUCGACCCUUCACUGGUGAAAGGCAAGAUCGUCGUCUGCGACCGCGGCAGCAGCCCGCGCGUGGCCAAGGGAAUGGUCGUCAAGGAAGCUGGUGGCGCGGCGAUGGUUCUUACUAAUGGAGAGGCCAACGGCGAGGGGCUGGUUGGAGACGCCCACGUCCUCCCUGCUUGCGCGGUGGGCGAGAAGGAGGGCGACGCGGUCAAAGCGUAUGCUGCAAACGCCUCCAACCCGACGGCGACAAUUAGCUUCGGGGGCACGGUCGUCGGCGUCAAGCCGGCACCCGUGGUGGCCUCCUUCUCGGCGCGUGGACCCAACGGGCUCGUCCCGGAAAUUCUCAAGCCGGACUUCAUCGCGCCGGGCGUCAACAUCCUCGCCGCGUGGACGGGCGCCACAGGCCCGACCGGCCUGGAGGGCGAUACCCGCCGCACGGAGUUCAACAUCCUGUCCGGGACGUCCAUGGCGUGCCCGCACGCGAGCGGCGCCGCCGCGCUGCUGAUGUCCGCGCACCCCGGGUGGUCGCCAGCGGCGAUACGGUCCGCGCUGAUGACCACGGCGAUCGUGACCGACAACCGCGGCGGGCCCGUGGGCGACGAGGCGGAGCCCGGGCGCGGCGCGACGCCGUUCGACUACGGCGCCGGGCACAUCACCAUGGGCAAGGCCCUGGACCCCGGCCUGGUGUACGACGCCGGGGAGGACGACUACGUCGCGUUCAUGUGCAGCAUCGGGUACGAGCCGAACGCGAUCGAGGUGGUGACGCAUAAGCCCGUGACGUGCCCCGCGGCCGCCGCGACGAGCAGGGCCAACGGCGGCAGCCCCUCGGGCUCCGACCUCAACUACCCGUCCAUCUCCGUGGUGCUCCGCGGCGGCAACCAGUCCAGGACGGUGACCCGCACGGUCACCAACGUCGGCGCCCAAGCUUCGGCGACGUACACGGCGCGCGUGCAGAUGGCGUCUACCGGCGCCGGCGUGACAGUAUCCGUGAAGCCGCAGAAGCUCGUCUUCUCCCCGGGCGCCAAGAAGCAGAGCUUCGCGGUGACGGUGACCGCGCCGUCCGCUCCGGCCGCAGCAGCGCCGGUGUACGGGUUCCUCGUCUGGUCGGACGGCGGCGGGCACGACGUGCGGAGCCCCAUUGUGGUGACGUGGCUGCAGCCCAUGUGA